UCCUCCCUCUCUCUACGCAGGCUGCCGUGGUUCUGGAAGCUUCUCGCCGGCAACGGAACGAUUUCAUCUCAUCCGAGUCCAUCCGCCGCCGAACCGCGUCCCUCAGCCCCGCGGACCCCCGGUACCGCUCCGAACCUGCACCCGAACACCCUCCAUCCGCUAGUUGGCCGCGAUGCCCGAGAUGAUGGCGGCACCGAGGCUCUCCCUGGGAGGCAGAAACAAAGCCGGGGGGGCGUACGUGGACCGGGACAAGCCGGCCCAGAUCCGGUUCAGUAACAUCUCCGCAGCUAAAGCCGUGGCAGACGCCAUCAGAACGAGCCUGGGACCCAAAGGAAUGGACAAGAUGAUCCAGGACGAGAAAGGUGACGUGACCAUCACCAACGACGGAGCCACCAUCCUGAAGCAGAUGCAGGUGCUGCACCCCGCAGCCAAGAUGCUGGUGGAGCUGUCCAAAGCCCAGGACAUCGAGGCCGGGGACGGCACCACCUCCGUGGUGGUGAUUGCCGGAGCGCUGCUGGACUCCUGCUCCAAACUGCUCCAGAAAGGUAUCCACCCCACCAUCAUCUCGGAGUCCUUCCAGAAGGCGGUGGAGAAGGGCGUGGAGGUUCUGACGGGCAUGAGCCGCCCGGUGCUGCUCAGCGACCGCGAGACGCUGCUCAACAGCGCCACCACGUCCCUGUGCUCCAAGGUGGUGUCCCAGUACUCCAGCCUGCUGGCGCCCAUGAGCGUGGACGCCGUCAUGAGGGUCAUCGACCCGGCCACCGCCACCAACGUGGACCUGCAGGACAUCAAGAUCAUCAAGAAGCUCGGUGGCACAAUUGAUGAUUGUGAGAUGGUGGACGGCCUGGUGCUGACCCAGAGGGUGGCGAGCACCGGCGUGUCCCGUGUGGAGAAGGCCAAGAUCGGCCUCAUCCAGUUCUGCCUGUCUCCUCCCAAAACCGACAUGGACAACCAGAUCGUGGUCUCAGACUACGCCCAGAUGGAUCGCGUUCUCCGGGAGGAACGUGCUUACAUCCUGAACCUGGUGAAGCAGGUCAAGAAGGCCGGCUGCAACGUGCUGCUCAUCCAGAAGUCCAUCCUCAGAGAUGCUCUGAGCGACCUCGCCCUGCACUUCCUCAACAAAAUGAAGAUCAUGGUGAUUAAGGAAAUCGAGAGAGAAGACAUCGAGUUCAUCUGCAAGACGAUCGGCACCAAGCCCAUCGCUCACAUCGACCACUUCUUACCGGAGAUGCUCGGCUCGGCAGAGCUGGUGGAGGAGGUGAACCUGGACGGAUCUGGCAAACUGGUCAAGGUCACCGGCUGUGCCAGCCCGGGGAAGACGGUGAGCAUCGUGGUCCGAGGCUCCAACAAGCUGGUGAUCGAGGAGGCCGAGCGCUCCAUCCACGACGCCCUGUGCGUCAUCCGCUGCCUGGUCAAGAAGAGGGCCCUGAUCGCCGGUGGUGGCGCCCCCGAGAUCGAGCUGGCCGUGCGUCUGGCGGAGUACUCGCGCACCCUGGCCGGCAUGGAGGCCUACUGCGUGCGGGCGUACGCCGACGCCCUGGAGGUGGUCCCCUCCACGCUGGCUGAGAACGCCGGCCUGAACCCCAUCUCCACCGUGACAGAGCUCCGCAACCGGCACGCCCAGGGGGACAAGAUGGCGGGCAUCAACGUCCGCAAGGGCGGGAUCUCCAACAUCCUGGAGGAGCUGGUGGUGCAGCCUCUGCUGGUUUCCAUCUGCUGCCUGACCCUGGCCACGGAGACGGUCCGCAGCAUCCUCAAGAUUGACGACUUGGUGAGCGCUCGAUAAGGGAUCUGACUCUGUCCUUUGAGUUCUGUAACUUAGCCUGUUCGCACUGCGAGGGAUCGACGGCCAUGUUGACACCUGUCUGUUCAGAUUCCCACUGUAGUUGUUACGUUGCAUAAUUUAAUAAAAAAGGCUUGUUUUUUUUGUUGACACUCCA